CUCAGAGACUCACAGUGGGCUAACAGGAAGACUGAAUUCACCCUCAAACACUGCGACAGAAAAAGCUGGGAAAUGUGUAAAGGAUUAGCUGCCUUACCCCAAACCUGCCUGGAAAGGGCCAAGGAGAUCAAGUCAAAAUUGGGCGUUUUGCUGCAAAAGCCAGAAAAUGCCAUCGACCUCAUCAUCCCCUAUCCCGAGAAGACUGAGAAGAAGCCAGAGAAGCAGCAGAAGCCCACUCCUGAAGAGGCUGCUCAGUGGCGUGAGAGUCUGGACCGAGUCCUGAACAACAACUAUGGUCUGGCCACUUUCCGUACCUUCCUGCAGUCUGAGUUCAGUGAUGAGAAUAUUGAGUUCUGGAUGAGCUGCGAGGACUUCAAGAAGACCAAGGACCCCGCGAAGAUGGCCUCCAAGGCCAAGAAGAUCUAUGAAGACUUCAUCCAGUCUGAGGGACCCAGAGAGGUGAACAUUGACCACUUCACCAAGGAUGUGACCCUGAGAAACCUGGUGCAGCUGUCCCCCACCACCUUUGAACUGGCCCAGAAGAGAAUCUACGCCCUGAUGGAGAAAGACUCCUUCGGGCGUUUCCUCCGAUCUGAGCAGUACCAGGAGCUGCUGGUCAACUAAGCCACAGCAGGAGUCUGAAGAGACGGGGGGGGGGGGGGGGGAACAGCAGUCACUCACCAUGACAACAACAGCAAAAAAACAUCAUUUUUUUAUUAAUUAAGUACUCUAAUAAACUACUAUUGUGUAAGACA